AUGCAGGAGCGGAGUCCAAGUGGUUCCGGGUCGCAUGCGUCCCUGAGAACCCCUCAGUAUCAUUCCUCGCAGGAUCGAAGAAUGGAAGAUCGCCAGUGCGAUGCAUCAGAUUCACCGAGGUCAAAUGCCCAGCCUUUUGCCGCCAAGGUUGCUGUGGUCCAACAGCAGCAGCAGAACCCUUCAAUCGCCCGAAGUAUGUCUCGAUACCGUCGCAACCGACCGGUGGUCGCCGUCAACUCGGCGACACUACCAGCACCACCUGCACCAUCAGCGUCCACGAUUUCAGAGCGGGUCAACACCCAGGGUCUCUCGACCCAGCCAGGAAACCGGGUCCCAUUGGCGUCAAAAGAGCUUGAGGAGGAGGAAGAGAGGGAAAAGCACCGGCAGAAUGCGAUGGCCCAGUUGACCGGAGAAUCCAAAACGACGAACCUCGCAGCAUCACAGACGGGGCGAGCGCGGAAAGAUGCCCUUGCAGGAGGGACAAGUCCUCCCCACGAGAGUCUCGUGCAGACCACGCCAUUGCGAUCUGGUCUGACUAUAGGGCAGCCGGCCAAGACCACGCCUUCUGAUCCAAAUCGGAGAUCCAUCUUACAAAAGGUUGGCCUUGCUCGAUCGAAGCCAAAUCAAUUUCCCGCCAAAGACUCGUCUGCUGGCUCAGCGAAACCCAACUAUAUCGGCGUCGGGGGUGGAGGCAUUGUACCAGGAACAGACGCACCAAUCUCGGCGGUCAACGCAGGGGAACGGCUGGUGAUGGUCCAAUAUGGCGACAGCAGCGCCAAGCUACCAGUGACCCCGACAACAAGUGUAGAGGACCUAUUGAAGGUAGCGGCGAGGCGGAUCUCCCGUCAAAUCGAUCCUACCACGUCCAUCUUGAUGGAGUCUUUCCAUCAAAUCCAGCUGGAGCGGCCGUUACGCCGAUACGAGCGUGUCCGCGAUGUGAUGAACUCCUGGGCUGUAGACACCGAUGGGGCUCUGCUCGUUGUUCCCACAUCGAGUCUGGACACCGCUGCUCCCCUUGAAGCAUCGAGCGUCUCGAGUGACCAGCCUCCCGAGACGACCGUCUACUGCUACUAUUCCCAUCGACCCCGCAAGUGGGACAAACGAUUCGUGACCCUGCACAGUGACGGACAUGUAACGGUUUCGAAGAAAGAGCAUUCUAAAGACUCGACCAGCGUCUGUCACCUGACCGACUUUGAUAUCUACAUCCCUUCACCUCGAUACGCGGCCAAAGAAAUUAAACCACCCAAGAAGAUCUGCUUUGCGAUCAAGAGCCAGCAGAAGUCAUCCAUGUUCCUCUCGACAGACAGUUUUGUUCACUUCUUUUGCACCAAUGAUCGUGCCGUGGGAGAUAAAUGGUACCGGGCGGUUCAAAGCUGGCGCAGCUGGUAUCUUGUGAAAAAGGUCCGCGUCGCAGAACCAGUGAUGACGAGCGACCAAACGGAUCCCAAACCCUCCCUCGUUCAUUCCGCGACUCGACGAGUUCCGCCAAACCAAGGGAGCUCAGAGAUGCCACGAUUGGAUCGCCAGAACAGUGAGCCCGAGUCUGCUCAGCGUUCAUCCGAGCGUCCGCAGGCGGAGGCCAUGGUCUUCCGCAGGAAGACAACCCGCGAACAUCGCCCGCCCCCAUCAUCAUUUCCCGCGACUCUUACUCUGGACACAAAAGUGGUCUCUUCAAAGUCGGGCUCCAUCACUGAACUGUCCUCCGCUGACGAAGAGCAGGAGCCUAUCUUUGCGUCGUCUGGACUUUUGGGGAGAACAUAUACCCAGCGGCAGCAGGCGAUGCGGGAGCGAGAAGAUCGCGCAAAGAAAGCGCAACAGGAUCCGUUCGGUAAAUCAGGGCUGAUAGGCGCGAGCCCAGCGAGUGCUCCGGCGCCUCAACCGAGCAGCCGAACAAAUACGCUCACUCGCGCCGAUGCCGCCGCCGCUCAGCUUGACUGGACCAUGUCCAUCAGCCAGGGGCAGAAACCCUUGGUCGAUCUGACACCAAAGUUUGUGGAGCCACCGCAGCAUCUGCGAAAGGGACGCGGAGUCAGAGUUGAGCCGGGGCGACAAUUAAUUGACGCUGCAACGGGUCCUGAGUCGAUUCCGGGAGUUGUGAAUGUCCCGUCCUCGACGACCUGGAAACGACCGCCUGUGGAGCCGUCCUCGCAAUCACAACCGCAUCGUUCGAAUACCACGAAAAGCAGCCGUGCGAACGGGACCGUCGUUCAGUAUUCAGCGCCUCACUCGGCCGGGCCCAUCUCUACAUCGGCUGAUACUUUCCACGCGAACAGUCUGCUGGCCAACGCUAGUCGCCAGACGAGUACGCACCCGCACCACAGCAAAGUGCCAGCCGGACGCGGUGUGGCUACUGGAGACCGUGAUGCAACUCGGCCACUGCUGGACAUGUCGGAUGAGAAUCCUUUUACGGACGGCAGCCUGUUGAAACAGCUGUAA